AUGAUUCUCGAAUUCCUGGUGUGGUUGCUUCUGUUUGGGAGAUCUGUAGCAUCAUCAGAACAAGAAGAUGUUGGUUUCACCUACAAUGGAUUUCGAGGAGUUAACUUGACCAUGGAUGGCUUAGCUCAGAUUACAGAGAAUGGACUCCUAAUGUUGGUAAACACCACUACGCAACAGAUGGGUCAUGCUUUCUACCCUCAUCCCCUUCACUUCAGAAAUUUAUCUACCGCUGAUGCUUUAUCAUCCUUCUCUACUACUUUCGUAUUUGCCAUUUGGAAGUCAACAAGAUUUGGUGGUCCUGGAAUGGCGUUCGUGAUUUCACCCUCAAGAGACUUCACAGGAGCUUUGCCAGGCAAUUAUCUCGGCCUCUUCAACACCACCAAUAUCGGCAACUCAUCCAACCAUGUCAUUGCAAUCGAGCUGGAUUUCCUCCGAAACCUUGAGUUCAAGGACAUUGAUGGAAACCACGUUGGUAUCGAUAUCAAUGACUUGAAAUCUCUUCAAUCUGCCCCGGCGUCUUAUUUUAUAAGUAAAGAUGCAAAGAAUCGGUAUGUGAACCUAAGCCUCACUGAUGGACAACACUUGCAACUCUGGGUCGAAUAUCAUGGUAAACAGAAGCAACUCAAUGUGACUGUAGCUCCUAUUAACAUCCCUAAACCAACAAUCCCACUCUUGUCCUUGAAAAUUGAUCUUUCUCCGAUCAUUGUAGAUCCCAUGUUUGUGGGCUUCUCUGCAGCUACAUACGCCUUGCCAGUAUCCCAUUAUGUGUUGGGAUGGAGUUUUAAAUUGAAUGGCGAAGCAAGGGAACUCAAUCUCUCCCAAUUACCUAAGCCUCCUCUGCAAAAAAGUCAUAUAAAGAGAAGACCUAGAGUAUUUAUUGUUGCAUUUUCUGUGAUAGCUGCUACUUUUGUGUCUAUCUCUAUCUUCUUCGUCAUUCAAUUUAUAGUGAAAAGGAAGAACAAGUUUGCCGAAGUGCUUGAAGAUUGGGAACUCGAUUAUGGACCUCACAGGUUCAAAUAUAAAGAUCUCUACAUAGCCACCAAGGGGUUCAAGGACAAGGAGCUUCUUGGAACUGGUGGAUUUGGUAGGGUGUACAGAGGUGUAUUGCCCACAACCAAGACACAGGUUGCAGUGAAGCGCGUCUCCCAUAAUUCAAGACAAGGGGAGAGAGAAUUCAUUGCUGAGAUUGUCAGCAUUGGUAAAUUGAGGCAUCGGAGCAUAGUAACACUCUUGGGCUAUUGUCGUCGCAAGGGAGAGCUCCUUCUAGUCUACGAUUUCAUGCCUAAUGGGAGUCUUGAAAAAUUCCUCUUCGAUCGAACAACAACAGAGACGAUGCUGAAUUGGUGUCAAAGAUUUCGAAUCAUCAAAAAUGUGGCAGCCGCGUUGUUGUAUUUGCACGAAGAAUGGGAACAAGUUGUGGUUCAUAGAGAUGUAAAGUCCAGAAAUGUGUUAUUAGACAAGGAGCUAAACGGAAGAUUAGGAGACUUUGGGCUUGCAAGAUUAUAUGAUCAUGGAACUGACCCUCAAACCACCCAUGUUGUUGGGACGCUUGGUUAUCUUGCACCAGAACUUUGUAAAACUGGGAAAACAAAUCCUAGUGUGGAUGUGUUUGCAUUUGGAAUUUUUUUGCUUGAAGUUGCUUGUGGUAGGAAGCCCAUAGAGCCACAAGCAUCUGAAGAGUGUCUGGUGUUGGUGGAUUGGGUGAUCUCAUGUUGGAGUAGGGGCACCAUUCUUGAUACUGUUGACCCAAAAUUGGGGUUGAAUUAUGAAGUGGAGGAAAUGGAGUUAGUGUUAAAACUUGGAUUGCUUUGCUCUCACUCAAUUCCAACUGAAAGGCCAAAUAUGCGACAAGUCAUGCGAUAUUUGGAGGGGGAGAUUUCUCUACCAGAGCUGACACCGCUUGGUCUAAGAACAGCCAUUGAUGACACAUCUUUUUUACCUUCAAAAGGUUUUAGUGAUAUCUCUAUUUGGUGUCCUCUUAGCAGUGCAAUGACUCAGUAAUCUUCAGCUGC